AUGUGUGUUUCCCCUGGUCCUGGCAUCUUUGGCAUUCGGUAUGGCAAAACUAAAAUCCGCAGUGACCCGCCUAGAUUUUUCAGCUUCCUGCAGGGUGAAUGCGAGAAGCUAGGCGUGGAGUUCCUUACCUCUGCCAACGCGGUGAAGGUUGCUCAACAUGCCGGAGACGAAACGACCAUGAUAGACCUUCGGUUGGGAGGGGGUGAAACUCGCCGACUCCGUUGUCAGAACUUGAUCAUCUCGGCGGGCAUCUGGACUCCGAAAUUGUUCUCGCAGCUGUUCUCCUCUGUCGACGUGGGGAUUCGGCUUGCUGAGAAACAGCACGUGCAGACCUGGUUGCGCUUCAGCGCCGAGACUGUGACCGAUACGAAGGAGCAGGGACCCAAAGACACGGAACAGUGCCACCAGGUUUGGCUGAACCCACUCGAUGAAGGCGACGACCUGCUUGUUUCUUCAUUCGCCAAUGAGGAACUAUACGUGGCCGGCGAGCUUGAACAAGUCAGAGAUCAUACGCCGCCGCUUCCCGACGAGGUUCGGCCAACCCCAGAAGAUGUUGAUAAGCUCCGAGAGCUCGUCGCUCGCUAUGUGCACCUUGAAAGGCGCGAGCUCUUAAGCUCUGGAAAGGCUUUCAUGCCUGCGGGACCACAGGGACGACCUAUAAUGGAUAAGGUACCGCCGGAGCUUCUGAUAUCUUCGCAGCGCUGUCUAAAGGGAUCUGAUUUGGGCGUCUUUCUUAGCUUUGGUCACGAUCUUGACGGUUUUACCCUCGGCCUAGGGUCUGGAAAGGUUGUGGCAGAGCUGGUGCUCGGUGAGGAAUCUUCUAUUGAUAUGACACCCUUCAAGCUGCCGCUCAAUGGUACGGUCGCCACGGCGCUGUUUGUCGCCCUGAUCGUCGUGGCUGUUCUCAUCGGGGCCGCCAUAGGGUCCAUCGCCAUUUGCGGGCUCGACUGGAAGUACUAUCUCAAGCGACGGGAGGCGAGGAAAGAUUUGGGAGAGAUAGUAGAGGGUGGUGUGAGCAGUUCUGAGAAGGCGGAGGUUGAGAGAGUGGAAAAGGACGUGAUAGGCAAGAACUCGGAAGUGGUAAAGGUGGAGGAGGUUGGAGAAAGUAAGGGCAAGAACCCGGAAACGGUAAAGGUGGAUGAGGUUAAAGAAAGUAAGGGGUGGCUGAAGAAAGCUGUGUAUCGUUGA